CUUUCUGUGACAAAAAAAAAAGUGAGAGAGGUUAGAUACAAUAAGGUCAAAUUUCCUUCGUCCUCUACGAUUUCGACGACUCGCGCAGCCCGGCGGCCGGUAGGAGGCGCUUUCUUUUGUCUGUCUGAUCCGGUUUUGCUGUCAUUCCCUUUUCAGGUCUUUGGUUCGCAAGAACGAUGUUGGGAGUCGUUAGGCAGAGGCUGGGAUGCGGAACCAUGUUGAGGCGAGCCGUCGAGAGGGCUGGCCCGGCUGCCUCUCUUGCAGGGAAGAAUUACUCAACUGCUGCUAAAGAGUUGACAGUACGUGAUGCUCUGAACUCCGCAUUAGAUGAGGAGAUGGCAGCUGAUCCAAAAGUCUUCAUAAUGGGCGAGGAGGUUGGAGAAUAUCAAGGAGCUUACAAGGUUUCUCGUGGACUUUUGGAGAAGUAUGGUCCUGACAGAGUUCGUGAUACCCCAAUCACUGAGGCUGGAUUUGCGGGAAUUGGAGUUGGAGCAGCAUACUAUGGUUUACGGCCAGUCGUGGAGUUUAUGACCUUUAAUUUCUCCAUGCAGGCAAUCGAUCACAUUAUCAAUUCUGCUGCAAAAUCAAACUAUAUGUCUUCAGGCCAGCUCUCCGUGCCUAUAGUCUUCAGAGGACCAAACGGAGCUGCUGCUGGUGUUGGUGCCCAACAUUCACAGUGCUAUUCUGCUUGGUAUGCUUCAUGUCCUGGUUUGAAAGUUCUUACUCCCUAUUCAUCAGAAGAUGCUAGAGGCUUGCUGAAAGCUGCUAUAAGAGACCCCGAUCCUGUUGUUUUCCUUGAAAAUGAACUUUUAUAUGGAGAGUCUUUUCCAGUUGCAGCAGAUGUUCUUGAUCCAAAUUUUUGCUUACCUAUUGGAAAAGCAAAGAUUGAAAGAGAAGGAAAACAUGUCACCAUCACUUCUUUCUCAAAGAUGGUUGGCUAUGCUCUCCAG